GAGUGGGAGAGAAAGAGAGAGAGAAAGAGAGAGACAGGCACUCGUUUCACUUCCUAAUGGUUUUUCCUAAGGGAUCCAUCAUCCACUGCAGAGGAAGCAACGAGUGAGAGAGAGGGAAAGAGGGGUGAAUUCGAAGCUCUCGGUUUCUCAGCGGUGUCUGAUCGCAUCUGAAAACGGAUUCCAACUCGGCGCUCUUCGCAGAGACAGCACCACUGCACGGAGUUUGUUGUAGCCGAUGGCAGUCAUGGACUCCCUCUCCACACCCCAUAAUAUCCAGAUCAGCGAGGUGACGUGCGACUCCUUCCGCAUCGCUUGGGAGAUGCCUCCUCAGGAUGCCGGGAGGGUGACCCAUUACUUCAUUGACCUGAGCCGCAAGGAGGGAGGGGAUCCCAACCGCUUCAAACACAGGGAUGUCCCGACCAAGCUGGUGGCCAAAGCCGUUCCCCUUCCCAUGGCGGUGAGGGGCCACUGGUUCCUGAGCCCCAGAACAGAGUACUGUGUGGCAGUCCAGACAGCUGUGAGACAGCCAGAGGGAGGAGACUACCUGGUGUCAGACUGGAGCCAAGUGGUGGAGUUCUGCACUGGGGAUUACGCCAUGGUCCACCUCCAACAGCUCCUGGAGAAAGCCAAGGGUGCAUCAGGAAGAAUGCUAAGGUUCUCUGUGUUCUAUCGUAACCAACACCCAGAUUACUUCCACUAUGUCAGGACGGUAUGCGGGGGAGUGAUGUAUCCAGCCCUGAAAGACAACAGUGGGAGUCAUGGCUCUCCCAUCAACGGCACGUUACAGGGCAUCUUCUUCAGCUGCAACACAGAGUUUGACACAGGCCUGCCCCCCAAUGACUCCCCCUACGGCCCUCUGCGUUUCCAGAUCCCUGCAGGAUACCUCCUGAAUCCCUCCACCUGCCUCUACUUCGCUGACUUCUACUGCAUGUACACGGCUUACCACUAUGUUAUCCUGGUGCUGGCCCCUGCUGGAUCGGAGGGGGAUAACUUUUGCCGCAGCAGGCUACCCAAACUGGACCUGGCUGACAACCCCUUCCUCACCUACAGCCCCCCACAGAGGGAGGGGGAGGAGCCUGUCUUUUGCCACACCCGUGAUGUCAUCUUGGAAGUGUUCUUCACUGAGCCCGUACACCUGGGGCAAGGCACGCUGGUGGAGAUCAGUGGUCACCACCAGCUGAUGAGCCAGUCCACGGCCAACGCCAAGAAGGAUCCCAGCUGCAAGGUCUGCAAUAUCAGUGUGGGCCGCUAAGGGAGACCGAGAAGACUGUUAGUGGGACGAACUAUGGAUUGCUCGAACAUGGGACACCCCACCUGCCUGACUAUGUGCAUGCUCAUGACAACCCUAGCAGAAAAAGACUGCCAGUGAAUAAACCUGCAUCUCAGCCAAUGACACCACUUUCACACUGUUUGCUGCCAUGCACCCCAUUCCUUUAAAAAUUAGUAAGAAA